AUGUGGGAGUUCCGGUCCAUGGCGUUUUGGCGUGCGGUCUUCGCUGAGUUCUUCGGUACCAUGUUCUUUGUGUUUUUCGGCAUAGGCGCCGCGCUGCGCUGGACCACUGGGCCUCACCACAUCCUGCAUGUGGCGCUGUGCUUCGGCUUGGCGGCUGCCACCAUCAUCCAGUCCAUCGGCCACAUCAGCGGCGGCCACAUUAACCCGGCCGUCACCUUCGCCUAUCUGGUAGGCUCCCAGAUGUCCCUGUUCCGCGCUUUUUUCUACUGGGCUGCCCAGUUUCUGGGGGCCGUGGCCGGGGCCGCCGUGCUCUAUGGGGUCACCCCAAAAAACAUGAGGGGCAACAUGGCUCUCAACACGGUAAGACACCACCCACCCACAUCUCAAAUGGCACUGGGCCCAUUCCCUAUAUUCCCUAUAUGGUGCACUGCAAAAUAUGUGCACUAUAUAGAGAAUAGGGUGCCAUUUUGGACCUAUCAGCUCAAAUCAGCAAAAAAAAAAAUAUAUAUAUAUAUCAACAACAGUUAACAAUGUUGAUAGGGUUUGAUAAUUGUUUGGUUUAGGUUCAGUAGGCUUCUUGAUGCUAAUGGGGAUUUAGAAAGGGUAGAGAUUAGGGAAUCAUCAUGGAACCUACUGGUAACUACAUUUGCUACUGUACAAUGAGCACAAUCCAAGCCAUCAGUGUUAUGUAAAGCUGAGGCCUCACUGAGGCCAUAGUGGUGAGGCCACUGAAUGCAUUGAUAAAAAAACGAAAAACCGUUGGCUUGAUACGCGUUGCAUCUUUGAUUGAGUUAUUCCUGACAUGUCCUGUUACAAACUUAACUUGAAGACCACAUCUAAUUGCGCAAACAAUAUACACUUUAUUAGAAAGAGGACACACUUAUUUUACAAAAUAACUUGUUCACAAAGGACCUCAUGUCUGAUUCAUAUUUUUCUCCUCUGGCCAUCUACAGCUGCAGCCUGGUAUCAGCCUGGGCAUGGGUACCACAGUGGAGGUGUUUCUGACCAUGCAGCUGGUGAUUUGUAUCUUUGCCGUGACGGAUGAGAGGAGGAACGGACGCUUGGGCUCUGCUGCCCUGUCCAUCGGCUUCGCUGUCACCGUCGGACACCUCAUGGGGGUGAGCACACGCACACUGACACUAACACACACUCAGAGUAACACACGCACCGAAUACACACACACGGAUAGGGGAACACACACAAUGCCCAAAACUCUUAUAUACUUAUAGUGGAACACAAACAAAAACAGACUUGCAUUGUGUACAACAGAAACACAUACUGCAUUCUGAAUGCCUGGUUGUCCUUCUCUGCCAUAGAUGUACUACACAGGUGCUGGAAUGAACCCUGCUAGGUCUUUCGCCCCUGCUGUGCUCUUCAGGAACUUUGUCAACCACUGGGUGAGAAACACACACAGUCAUACACCAUAAUGCAGAAUCUGAAAUAUUCAUAUAAUAGAUCAAAUAAUCAAAUGACAAUGGUGGAUUCUAUGAUCUUAUAAUAAUUCAGUAUAGCUAAUACCAACCUAUAUCAGCGACAACAAUACAAGUUGCUUGUGCCAUGUCUUCAUGCUAACCUUUGCGUGUGUGUGUGUUGUGUCAGGUGUACUGGGUGGGUCCCAUGAUAGGAGGUGGUUUGGGCGCUCUUCUGUACGAUUUCAUGCUGUUCCCCCGCAUGCGCGAUCUGUCUGAGCGCCUGGCCACACUGAAGGGCAGCCGACCCCCCGAGACGGAUACCCAGCAGGACACCCGCGGGGAGCCCAUCGAGCUCAAGACACAAGCCCUAUAAGCCUGUCCCCAUCUGGGGACGAGGGACGAGGGACAGGCCCUGUGUCGACCAACCCCUGUGCUGCCCCCAUCCCAUCAACACACAUACACUCACUCACACAGACUCACUAACUAACACAAAGACACACACACUCACAUUGAGACACUGACUAACAUGCAGAUUCAGACAUAUACAGUAUUGAUACACAAACUGUACACACACACAUUCACACACAUACACAGACAGGUUCACAACCUUCAACCUCAACAUGCAACGAGACUCCUCUCCCUCCAACCUCACUCUGUAUACUGAAUUGGACAUUAUGUCUCCUCCUCCUUCUCAGCCACACCAAGUCUUCCCUCACACGCCCACACAGACGGAAGGACCAGAUCUGUCAGCACAGAAGCAUGUGGGUGAGGUGUAGGUGGGCACCCACUGGGCACAGACGUCAAUUCAACUCCUAUGCCACAUUGGUUCAACGUAAUUUAAUUGAAAUGAUGUGGA